AUGGCGGCGGCCUUCCUCCACUUCGUACUCGUCAUGGCGGCGGCCUUCCUCCACUCGGUCUUGCAGGUCGAGGACCACUGCCGUCGUUCUCCAUUGGAACGGCUGCCUCUACACCGGUGUCCAGCCCCAACGUCGGAGGGAGAUGCCGCGUCGUGUACAAAUAAUUUGUUCUAUGUGGACCGUACCAGUGAGUUUGCUGCAUCUACUAACGGCAGAGAAGGCGGCUGGCGUGGCGCUGGAUAUAAUCCAAAUUUUGAGAACGCUGACGAGUAUCCUCCACGCCCGGAACAUGUAGAAGCACCUUCUGCAAAAGAGAUUGAUUUGAAUGCUUUGGCUAACAAGAAUAACAGAGAACAGUACACUGUCGAAGACAAGCGUAAUAUUUACGCUAUGCUGCUUGCUCGAAAUGGAGAGCGUGGAAGGUUAAAGAAGGGGGUUUUGGAUUCUGUUGUACGUGAUGGAAAUUGUUCUCGGAGGUGCGUGAGUAGGAUUUGGAAAGAAACGAAGACAGGAGGUGGCGUUAACUCUAUCAAGAACAAUUUGAAGUUAAAAACGGGAAGGAAGAAAAUGAGUUUGGAUAUUGAGGCAUUAGAAGCCAUUCCACCUGGUGAGAGGACCACAAUUCGACAAGUUGCUGCUGGACUUAACAUGUCCAAAAGCACAGUUCAUCGUAGGUUGAAGGAGAAGGUAAUGAGACGAGUUUCAAAUGAACUGAAACCUUCAUUAACUGAAGCCAACAAGAAGGCACGUGUGGCGUAUUGCCUUGAGAAUUUGGAGCCAAGUUCAUUGGAGGACAAUCCCACUUUUAAAGCUAGUUUUAACAAGGUUCAUUUGGAUGAGAAGAUCUUCUACCGUACAAGGAAGACACAGAAAAUGUACUUGAGUCAUAGAGAGGAAGCACCAAAAAGAGAAUGCAAACAUAAAAACCACAUCCAGCAGAUCAUGUUCUUGUCGGCUAUGGCAAGGCCAAGGUAUGAUUCUCAAGGAAAUUGUGUGUUUGAUGGAAAAAUAGGUGUGUGGGCAUUUGUUGAUUGGGUGCAAGCUCAAAAGAAGAGUGCUAACAGAGGGAGAGGAGAAUGGGAGCUCAAGCCGAGAACCUUGAAUCACUAGCUCCGACGUUCGUUCCACGAUCUACUUUCUGAAAAAGAUCUUGAAUGGUUGUGUAAAUCCUCUCAAAUUCAUCCUCAAGUUCUUCCACCUCGCCUUGUGUGACUUCCACCUCGCCAUCUGCCUCCUCCACCUCGGCAUCUGCCUCCUCUACCUCGGCAUCUACCUCCCCCACCUCGGCACAGACCUCCUCCAUGCCCUCCACGUCCAUGAUAGUUGGGGGGAGAUGAGGCAAUGAACUGAAUGUGUGGGAAGAGGAGGAACAUGUGUUGCCAUUUUAUACAAGUUUCAGCAUGCAAAACAGUAACCGUUUCACACUGCAUUGUGGAAGAGGAAGAUGAGAGGAAGUACUCCAACACGCAUUAGAAUUGUGGUGCAUGCAGCGUGGGAAGAGGAGUAAGUGUUGUGGUGCAUGCAGAUUUAGUGGAGUGGUUUCCCACGGUGAAAGAGGAGUGGAUCAGCUUUUGCAUGCAAACAUUGAUGGACUACUAGUGUCAAAUUGAAUACAAAUGUGCCUAGGGGGUGGAAGAUUU